AAAUUUACCGAUGGGAUCACAAAUAAGCUUGUCGGCUGUUUCUACAAUCCUCCACUAUCCACAACAAACAAUAAUGGCAAUGAUAUUGAAAACGGCAGCUCAAAUGGCAACAAUAAUACACCCACUUCCCCGACUGCACCAACAUCGACGCUGGUCGAUGACAACAACGACUCGGGCAAUAUCAGCGAUACGGACACGCUGGAUUCAGAGGUGACCACGUCAAGUGCUGGCGAAGCAGCUAGCCCCCCACAGGCAACUAAUAUCAAUACAAAAGAUGAAAACUAUAGCAACGUAGCACUGGUGCGUGUCUAUGGUAAUAAAACGGACCUGCUGAUCGAUCGUAAAGCCGAGACACGCAACAUACAGCUGUUGCACACGUACGGUUUUGCCCCUACACUUUUCGCAACAUUCAAAAAUGGACUGGUUUACGAUUUUGUACCUGGUGUAACAUUGAAGCCGACAAGUGUACUGGAGCCAAAUGUUUGGCGUUUAGUGGCAACACGCAUGGCGGAGAUGCAUCGCCGUGUGAAGGUCAAAGAAGUGGCGACAGCUGGUGGUGGCGGUGGUGGUGAAGGUGCUGGUGCUGGUAAACCCCUUGUACCAAUGUUGUGGCGUAAAGUGCAGAGCUUCUUUGAUUUGGUACCUGAACGUUUUAGUGAUGCUGAUAAACAAAAAAGAUACACCUCCAGCUGCUGCCCUACAUUUCUGCUUUACACAACCAUAAAACACUCUGGUUAUCUUAAUGCUUGUGAAAUAAACAAAACUCUUAAGACAAAGCAGCAACCGAAAACAAAUUUGGAAACACACAAAACUUUGCAGUGCGCUCUUCAAGGAAUAUAUACAAAGCUAUCUGGAUGGAUAUACACAUAUACAUUUGUACUAAAAAUUGCUGCUGACGGCAUUGCUCGUAGUGAUAUGGUGCUCCGCUGGUGGUUUGAACGCAUGGUGGCUGAUUGGGAAAUAGUGACAAGGACGUAAAAGUGGAUGAAUUGCGAACAAACACAUAAAUACAUACAUACACACAAAGCAGAAAAAUUAUUUGCUAUAAAGUAGGUGGAUGUAUGUAUACGGGGAGGUAUAAUGUAAUAUUGCGAAAGACGAGGGUGACUUUUUGGGUCAUACACACACUGUAAGAUUUAGCAAACAUAGUAUGUAUUAGCGAAUGUAAAAUUAAACACUACAUGUGUGCCCAUACAAAUAUGUGUACAUAUUACAGUUGAAACAAUGAUAAAAACAUGGUUUAAACUACAGUUGCAGUUUUAAACAAUAGUUAUUGUAACAUUUAAGAACAAAUUAUUUUUGUAAUGCAUAAAAAUAUAC